AUGAGUAUGAAUCAUCUCACGGAUUCAGGUAAGGAUAUGUGGUCGAAUUUGUUUUUACUUGCGGAUACUGCGGUUAUGGUUCAGGAAGAAGAACAACGCCGUCGUCGUCGUAGAGAAGAAGAUAGCAAGAAGAGUUUCUUCUAUCUUUUCCCGAGGAAGAAAAGGUCGUCUUUGGUUAAGAGAAGAUACACACAACAAAACCCUAAUGGGACUUCUAGAAUGUCUUCUUCUUCAUCGCUCGAUGAUGAUCACGAGAAGAAAAUUACACAAAACCCUAGUUUUUUUUAUGAGCCUGUGGUGUAUGAUGCAGAGCUAGUACGUGCAAAGAAGGGGAAAUCUGAGAUCGUCUGUGAAGGUUAUGACUACCGCGGAGAGAGUGAUGAUGCGACGAGACUCUUUGAGAAGAACAUGAGGAAAUUGGUAAGAAACCUAAGACGAAACUCGGAUGAUCUUGAUGGGUCGUCGUCUUUUAUGUCUUCAUCGUUCUUGAACCUUCGUUGUUUUAAUUACCCUUCGUUACUCCUCGGUUACAACACGGCUAAGUCUGAUAAGACAGAGACGAACGACCCUAGUUACGAACCUUGCCUAAAGGAGAACACGACAAGCCGCAAGAGGCGUGCUGUGCAACAGAGGAAGGGCGGUAAUUUCAAGAAAGCAAAGGCUGCUACUUUCUCAAGGAGGACGGAUGCAGAGGCACCAGAGUGGAUUUUUCAGGUGAUGAGAAGAAUGAGAGCUGAUGCCGCAAACCCGUUGCUGAUCUUUGAGAAGGGUCUAAAAGCGAGUGAUGUGAAAUCAGGCCAGAGUCGUCUCUUAAUCCCAUUCCAGCAGCUCAUCAAGAACGACUUCUUGACGCCAGGGGAGUAUCGAGCAAUAGAUAAAAACGAAUACAAGGAAGAAGACGAUGAGAGUAUUGGUGUUGGAGCGAUUUUUGUGAACCAAAGAUGUGAAAAGUGGGGUGUGCGUUUUAAGAUGUGGGCGAUGGAGAAAGACAGUGGACACGGGACCUUGAAUUAUGCUUUGAACUGGGGGUGGAACGAUGUCGUCAAGGGUAACCACUUAAAAGAGGACGACAAGAUCAGUCUUUGGACUUUCAGGUGGCGUGGAGUACUCUGCUUUGCUCUUGAGACAUACUAA